CUCUCCAAGCGAGUCAAAGAAAAAAAAACAUAUAUACAAAGUACUUAACUUACUGUAAGAAUGGAUGUGGUAGCAACAUUGGCGUCGCAAAGAGCAGUGGUGAUAUUUAGCAAGAGUACGUGUUGUAUGUCUCAUGCAAUUAAGCGGCUGUUUUACGAGCAAGGCGUGAGCCCCGCGAUUGUAGAGAUCGACCAGGACAUGUACGGUAAAGAUAUCGAGUGGGCCUUGGCUCGGUUAGGCUGCAGUCCUCCAGUUCCCGCGGUUUUUGUCGGAGGGAAAUUUGUAGGAACAGCCAAUACUGUCAUGACUCUUCAUCUCAAUGGGUCAUUGAAAAGGUUGCUCAAGGAAGCUGGUGCUUUGUGGCUAUAGUGCUUAAUAAAUGUGUUCUUGAGCGAUUUAUAUUAUGAUCUUUACUUUGACCUUUUAAAGUGUAUUCAUCACUUUAUGCACGUUAAUUAAGCAUAUGUGAAGAACUACUUUGUAUUGAGAGUUAUUAUAUGUCUA